AUGUUCAUCAAAUCCGAGGCCCUGGAAGUAAAGGAGGACGGGGAGGUGCUGGUGCUGCUGGGCGCGGCCUCCCCCGGCGCGGCGGCGCUCACCCCGCUGUCGUCCAGCGGCGACGAGGACGAGGAGGAGCGGGCCGCGUCGGGCGGGGCGCGUCGGCCGCGCGGGGCCGGGCCUGGGGCACGGCUGCCGGGCCUGGGGCCCGAGUGCCGGCGGCGCCCCUCCCGGGUGCGGGCUGUCCCCCGCAGCACCAGGGCCGCCGAAACGGCGCAGCGCCUGCAGAAGAGCCGGCGGCUGAAGGCGAAUAACCGCGAGCGCAACCGCAUGCACAACCUGAACGCGGCGCUGGACGCGCUGCGCGACGUGCUGCCCACGUUCCCCGAGGACGCCAAGCUCACGAAGAUCGAGACCCUACGUUUCGCGCACAACUACAUCUGGGCGCUCACGGAAACCCUGCGCCUGGCCGACCACUGCGCGGGCGCCGGCCUGCCGGGCCCGCUGCGCCCCGAGGCCGCGCUGCUGAGCCCUGUUGGCGCGCUGGGUAGCGUGGCCGACAGCCUGUCUCCCGUGUCCACCUGCAGUUGCACUGGCAGCCCCGCGCCGUCCGCGUCCACGUCCCCCUACAGCUGCGCCUUCUCCCCCGCCAGCCCCACGGGCUCGGACGGGGACUGCUGGCCGCCGGCGGCCCCAGACCAGCGCCACUGCGCUCCUCGCUGCCCAGUGCCCAGGGACUGCAUGUAG